GGAUCCAGUUUCUCGUCACUGCAGCGACUUUCAGACACUAUUUAAUCUUCCCUCUCCCCACCUGGACUAAAGAUCGCUUCAUCUGGCUCUUGAUGUGAAUGUUAGGAUACAUGCUCUACCUGUCAUGGCUAUGCUGAAAAGUAUCCUCAUCCUUUGCCAGUUUCUGCCAUUAGUGAUGACCAUAAAUACCAUCUUUUUUCCAUGUGACACUGAUAAGAAUACCACCGAAGUAGACUGUUCCGACAGAUCACUCAAGCGUGUCCCCUCCAUCAAGUCUACCACAGUAGAGUCACUCGAUUUAAGUCGAACAAAGAUCCAGUAUGUGGGAGUACGUGCUUUCUCAGGCGUCCCAAACCUUCACACUCUGAAAAUGAUAGGGAAUUGUCAACCGGGUCAGCUGAGAUCUUUGGAGGACCGCUUAUGCAAACUGGAGAUACAUCAUGAUGCAUUCAAGUGUCUAUCAAAGCUGAAUUUUUUGAAUCUGUCAGGAAACAGCCUCAUCUCUAUUCCUCAGUUACCUGAAAACCUGACGGUCCUUGACCUACGGAAUAAUCGCAUCUUCCAAAUUAACCAGCCUUUAAACACUCCUCACCUCAAAGAGCUCUACCUCACCAAGAACUGCUUUUAUGCAAACCCUUGCGGCCAGUCCUUUUACAUCGACGAGAGCGUUUUCAGAGAGCUCUCUGAACUCAAAAGCCUUACCUUAGGGUAUAAUAAUUUCACAGCUAUCCCUAAAGGGUUGCCACUCUCACUGGAACGUUUGGAUUUAAGAGAGAAUACAAUCACAGAGGUCUUGGAUGGAGCAUUUGCCAACUUGACUCUCCUCAAGUAUUUGAAUUUGGAGUGGAAUUGCCAGCGUUGUGACCAUGCAGCCAGGCCCUGCUUUCCUUGCCCAAAAAAUAAACCCCUACAACUACAUUCAAACUCAUUCUGUGCUGAGAACAGCUCAAUCACCUUCCUAAGCUUGAGAGGAAACUCUCUGAGAACAUUUCCAACGGGUAUUUUCCAACCUUUAAAGAAUUUAAAGGGUUUGGACCUCUCUGACAACCUCCUGGCACAUGCUUUGCAUAAUGGCACCUUCUUUGCAGAGCUGGAAGGUCUCACUUGGAUUAGCCUUAUCUAUAACUACGAACCAUUGACGACAUUUCCGAAACUGAGACUCUCCCCACAUAUUGGCAAAAUGACUCAUCUUCGUUAUCUUCUUCUAAGUGGUAACUUUUUCCAUGAGCUCUCCAGCGAGAGCUUCAAUACUUUGUCCAAACUUCAGAACCUAAGGACACUAGAACUAAGAAUGAAUUUCAUCAAUACUUUUAACUUGACAUCUCUGAAACGGUUACCGUUUCUUACUGAUAUUGACCUCUCCCAAAACAUGCUUAAUUUCCUUCCGUGCUGCUCGGGUCCGUCAGCUGAGUUUGUGGCACAGGAAAGCUGUCAGAACCAGAACUUGUUUACACAUGAUUUUUCUAACCCACACGUUAUGUCAAUAGAUCGAAAAGCUACAUCUGGUAAUGAUAUCUGGGAAUCCAACCAAUCAAACAGGCUGGAAAUGGGGGAGGACAAUGUGUUACAAUUUAAAUCAUUAUUGGACUUUAAAAACAAUUUCUGCAGCCGUAAACUUACAUUUGACCUGUCUCAAAAUGACAUUCUGUCUCUAAACAAAGAGGUGUUUGUAGGCAUGGAAGAUGUUGUUUGUUUAGACCUUUCCUUCAAUUACAUGAGCCAGGCAUUAAAGGGUGGUCUGUUUGCUAGCAUGAAAAAAUUAGUUUUUCUUAAUUUGUCAUACAAUAGACUUGAUUUUUAUUAUAGAGAAGCUUUCAGUGAGCUUAAUUCCACUCUGAAAGUUUUAGACGUUGGCAACAAUGAAUUUCACUUUAAAAUGAAGGGCAUGGGUCAUCGAUUUGAGUUCCUUCAAAAUCUGACAAACCUGGAAGUUCUCAGCCUGGCAAACAACAACAUUGGGGUGCGAAUAGAUCAACAGUUGAUCAGCGGCUCUCUGAAGUACCUCUACUUCUAUGGGAAUAACCUGGACAUCAUGUGGAUGUCUGAUAACAACAGGUACACUCAGUUCUUCCAAAACCUGACAGCCCUCACCUACCUUGACAUCUCUGACAAUAAUCUGAUGUCAAUCUCACCAGAAGUGUUUUGCAACUUCCCAGAAAGCCUUGAGACCCUUAUUAUCAGCGACAAUCAGCUGAAGUAUUUCCCGUGGCAAAACAUCUCAGUGCUUAGCAAUUUAUGUCAUCUGAAUCUCAGUCAAAACAAACUCUAUUACUUGCCUAAUAAGGUCAUAGGAUUUGGAGCAAAUUUUUCUCUCUUGGACCUCAGUCACAAUCGCUUUAGUGUUAUUCCUGAGAUGUUCUUCAGUAAGGCGGAAUCCCUACGGUACCUGUAUCUCAGCCACAAUCAGAUCAAAGUAUUAAGCCGUCAGUUUCUCCCUGCCCCCUUUAAAGAUGGUAGUGCCCUGCAGAAACUCACCCUGCAUGCCAACCCCUUUAAAUGCGACUGUAAUACAUCUUGGUUUGCGGACUUUCUGCGUAAUACUUCGAUACAGAUUCCUUAUCUCACCACACAUAUACACUGUGAUUACCCAGAGUCCCAGCAGGGCGUGAGCAUACUGUCUAUGGACCAGCAUUCCUGCCAGGACAUAUAUGGUAGCUUAGCGUUCCUCAUCUGUUCCUUCUUGGCUGUGACGUUCACUGUUCUGCCCCUACUGAAGCAUCUCUACGGCUGGGAUCUGUGGUAUUGCUUACAGGUACUUUGGGCAGGACAUAAGGGCUACUCACAGCUGGCUGGUAGUGAUUCGCAACACCACUAUGAUGCUUUUGUGGUGUUUGACACCAGUAACCAGGCUGUGAGGGACUGGGUCUACAAUGAGUUAACUGUCAAUCUGGAGAAUUCAGGGCACAGGAGGUUUUGUCUCUGUUUGGAGGAGAGGGACUGGGUUCCUGGGGUCUCAUGUAUCGACAAUCUGCAUAACGCCGUGUACAGCAGUGUGAAGACGGUGUUUGUGCUGUCCAGCGGUGCCACCGGUGGUGAGACAGUGAACGGUGUGAUCCGUCAGGCUUUCUUCAUGGUGCAGCAGCGACUUCUGGACGAGAAGGUGGAUGCAGCUAUGCUGGUUCUUUUGGAUGAGAUGUUUCCCAAACUGAAGUACCUACAGCUGAGGAAACGGCUGUGCAAAAAGUCUGUGUUGUCCUGGCCGAGAAACCCAAGGGCCCAACCCCUUUUCUGGAACCGAAUGAGAAUGGCAUUGUCAUCAGAUAACCUCAAAUUCUAUGACAAUAACAUGAGUGAAAGUUUCAUCUGACUUUCUUUUAACUGCUGAUAGAGAGCACAUUUUGACAAUUGUAUCAUAUACGUAAGUAAUGAUACUUGGUUGAUGUUUUUAAUAUGCACCGUUUUUAUAGAUUAAGAUAUCACCAGUCUUUCGUGUUCUGUAAAUAUUUUACUUUUCAAGAUUGUGUUCUGUUGUUUUCUGUUGUUUUCUGUUUUUUCUUUGAUACUUGUUUGCUUUGCCCGGGAAAGGUCAUGUCGCUAUUGUGGGCUACAAAGUUAAUUAAGACACUGUAUAUUGUACAUAGACAUUGAGACAUUCAUAGUAGGCUACAUAA